AUGCGUUUCUCUACUGUCAUCCCAUCUGUUCUUUUGGUUGCUUUCUUAGCUAUCACUCAUGUUGUUGCCGAUUCACAAGUCAAGAACAAUGUUGCCUUGACUAGCGAUAAUGUUGAAGCUGAAAUUAUGUACCAAUACUUUGAAAAGCGUGAAGGUGCUGAAGACAAUACCAAAAAUGGUACCACCAUCUACAACUUGCGUAAGCCUGAAACCACCACUGAGACUACCACUGAGACUACAGCCAGCACCGGUAGUUCUUACCAUGGUGGCGGUGAUGCCACUACAGGAACCAGUGAUAAGGCUGCCACAAAGGCUAAGGCUGCUGGUAGUUUUGCUACUAUUCCUAUCUUUCUCAAAGGUGAUCUCUUCUAUCUUGGUAUUGCUGUUACUCUCUUCCUCUGGGGUACAGGAAAGGUCUUGGAUGUCAAGAUGGAGCGUCAAGAAAAGUAUGCUGAAAGUCAAAUCCACAGCAUCUAA